GAAUUUUAUGCCCACUUUUUAUAUUGGCUUUCAUUGAAUGAUAAUUACUGUAAGCCUUAACUCAUUGACCAAUAAUUGAGUGGUUAUUACAAAACAAUAAUAAACAGCCAAAAGACAAAUCAAUCUAACGACCUGUGAUGUGCGGUCAGUGACCAUCGGUUUCCCGAAGUUUGUGUCCACCCGUCGUUGUGUUGUGUGUGUGAAGAGUGAAGAUGAGUAUGUCUUCGCUGAUUAAGAUGGAGAACAAUGACCACGGAGUCGGUGGACAGCAGCAGUCGUCCGCAAUCGGCGACUCAUUCAUCAACAACUCGUCGCAACAGUUUAUAGUCCACGCGUCGGACAACACGGAUGGCGACGACUCGGCGAUGGGGUUGGGCUCACACGACGACCACUCGGACAACGGCGACAAAGACAUGGUUGAGCCGCUCCGAGAACAGGACAGGUUUCUGCCCAUCGCUAACGUGGCCCGCAUUAUGAAGGAGGCGAUACCCAAGUCGGGCAAAAUCGCCAAAGACGCCAAAGAGUGUGUCCAGGAGUGUGUCUCCGAGUUUGUGUCGUUCAUUACGUCCGAGGCGUCCGAUCGGUGCCAUCAGGAGAAACGCAAGACCAUCAACGGUGAAGACAUACUGUUCGCGAUGUCCACACUUGGGUUCGACAACUAUGUGGAUCCGCUGAAGCUCUAUCUCCAGAAGUAUCGCGAACAAGCGAUGAAAGGAGAAAAAGGUGGCCAACAGUUAUCGGAAGGCAAUACGAUCGACGAGUUGAGCGACGAGUCGUUUGGCGGCCAAUCGUUAAACACGACAAUACUCACAGACGACGCACAGCAUAAUGUCAUUUACACGACCGCCGCCUUCGGGCCCACACAACAAGUAUUUAAACUCAACUAAAACAAUGCACACAAAACAAAAACAAUUGCCGUUUGAUUUGGUGGUGACAGCCAUUCAGUGUCCGCGCGUCUGAAUUUGACAAUUAAAAGCUGCUGUUGUUUUACGGAUCAGUUGUUUGUUGCGUGUGUUUACAAAUACCCGGCUUACAGUUGUCUUAGUUGUGGCCAUCAUUUCUCUGUCGCCUCUUCUCUCUUCCCGUUAUUGCCUGACUUUUGACUUAUUUUUGCACUUUUUUUUGUCGAUUUUAAUUGUAAUUAUUUUGUAAUUGAAUUUAGAGUUAUUAUUUUGUCUCAUUUUUUUCUAUAAUUUUAAUUAUCAACUUAUUGUUUACCGAAAAUUUAAUUUUUACAAAAACAACAACAAAACAGAGUUAUUGUCAUUUUUUAAUUAUUAUUAUUAUAAUUAUUACAAUUCAUGGAC